CUUUAGUUUCCUUCCCAGCUUAACUAUUGCCCUUUGCCUUCACCAAGCUCUCUCACCAUGAACAGACAAGGCGGCAAGAAAGCCCUCGGUGGCGGGAGCCAGGGCUUCUCCGGCCGCUCCGCCGUGGUCUCCGGCAGCAGCAGGAUGAGCUGCAUGGCCCGCUCUGGGGGCACUGGUGGCGGGGCCUGUGGGGUCCGGGGAGGAGCAGGCGGCUUUGGCAGUCGCAGCCUCUACAGCCUGGGCGGCAGCAAGAGCAUCUCCAUCAGCGUGGCUGGGGGCGCCCGGGCCGGGGGCUUUGGGGGAGGGCUUAGCAGCUGUGGUGCUGGCUUUGGGGGUGGUUAUGGAGGUGGCUUUGGGGGUGGCAGAGGAAUGGGAGGUGGCUUUGGAGCGGCUGGUGGGUUUGGAGGGACUGGUGGCUUUGGUGGGUCUGGUGGGUUUGGAGGGGCUGGUGGCUUUGGUGGAGCUGGUAGCUUGGGAGGUCCUGGUGGCUUGGGAGGUCCUGGUGGCUUUGGAGGUCCUGGUGGCUUUGGCCCUGGUGGCUUCCCUGGAGGAAUCCAUGAGGUGACUAUCAACCAGAGCCUCCUGCAGCCCCUCAAUGUGGAGAUUGACCCCCAGAUUGGGCAAGUAAAGGCCCAGGAGCGGGAGCAGAUCAAGACCCUCAACAACAAGUUCGCCUCCUUCAUAGACAAGGUGCGGUUCCUGGAGCAGCAGAAUAAGGUCCUGGAGACCAAGUGGGACCUGCUCCAACAGCAGGGCACAAAUUCCACCACAGGCCCCAACAACCUUGAACCCCUUUUUGAGAAUUACAUCAGCUCCCUGCGAAACUACCUGGACAGCAUCUUGGGGGAGCGAGGCCGCCUGGACUCGGAGCUGAGGAACAUGCAGGACCUGGUGGAGGACUUCAAGAAGAAAUAUGAGGAGGAAAUCAAUAAACGUACAGCUGCUGAGAAUGACUUUGUGACCCUGAAGAAGGAUGUGGACACUGCCUACAUGAACAAAGUGGAGCUUCAGGCCAGGAUGGAUGCCUUAGUGGAUGAGAUCAACUUCCUGACAAGUCUCUAUAAUAUGGAGCUGUCCCAGAUGCAGAGCCAUGUCAGUGACACCUCCGUGGUCCUGUCCAUGGACAACAACCGUUGCCUGGACCUGGACAGCAUCAUUGCCGAGGUCAAGGCCCAGUACGAGGAGAUUGCUCAGAGGAGCAAGGCUGAGGCUGAGGCCCUGUACCAGACCAAGCUGGGGGAGCUGCAGACCACGGCGGGCAAGCAUGGGGAUGACCUGAAGAGCACCAAAAGUGAGAUCAUGGAGCUUAACAGGAUGAUCCAGAGGCUGCGGGCUGAGAUUGAAAAUGUCAAGAAGCAGAAUACCAACCUGCAGGCAGCCAUAGCUGAAGCCGAGCAGCGUGGGGAGACAGCCCUCAAGGAUGCUGAUGCCAAGCUCCAAGAGCUGCAGGCUGCCUUGCAGAAGGCCAAGGAUGACCUGGCCCGGCUGCUGCGUGACUACCAGGAGCUGAUGAAUGUCAAGCUGGCCCUGGAUGUGGAGAUCGCCACUUACCGCAAGCUGCUGGAGGGCGAGGAGUGCAGACUGUCUGGAGAGUGCCAGAGUGCUGUCAGCAUCUCCGUGGUCAGCAGCGGCACCUCCUCGGCAGGGGGCUACGGCGGCGGCCUUGGCAUGGCAGGGGGCGCCGGCGGCGGCUUUGGCCGGUCAGGAGGCAGUGGCUUCGGCGGCAGCGGCUUCGGCGGCAGCUGCGGCUUUGGCGGUGGCAGCGGCCUCGGCGGCGGCAGCGGCUUUGGUUCCGGCUCUGGGGGUCGCUGCGGGGUCAGCGGCGGAGGCUUCAGCUCGGGCAGCGCCCGGUGUGGCAGCGUGAAGUUCUCCCAGUCUUCCCAGUCCUCUCAGUACUGCUCCAGAUAAAUCAGGCGCAUGGUCCCCGCAGAUCGCCAGCGCCUCCCGUCCCCAUCCGCUCCUCCAAUCCCGCAGCACCCCCAACCUCAGCGCCAGGCCCCAGCCACUGCUCCUCUUCCUCCAACCGCUCUCCCGGGUUUGGAAGACCCGGGCCUCUUGAGCCCCAUCCAGAUCCCUGGCCAGCACAGACGUGAGAAUUUCAGUGUGCUCUGACUCCAGCCUGUGCCUGUGAUUGUCCAAGUGCGGUGUCAGCCACCACCUUCUGCUGCCUUUGGGCUCCCCUUCCUGGGUGGAAUGGCACCAUAGAUCUGAUGUAUAUAAUACACAGGCCCCUCUGCCCGCCCAUUCUGUCGCCAAUAAAGUGCAUUGUGUUUCA